AUGUCUACCCAGACAGGAACAGCCUCAAGAAGGCCAAAGUUGUCCUUGACUAUCAAGACAUCACCCGCUCCCCAUACGACUAUCAACAGAUCCUUGGCUCUUGUUGAUCCAAAGUCUCCAACAACCUUUAACACCCUCUCCAAUGUCUACGCCACCGCCAUCGAAAGGUCAACGCCUGUAAUCACGGAGCCUUUGACAGCUAUCAACACUUUCCAACCACCGACCGGCUUGAAGGAUAUUGUGGCUCCUCAGCACCGGAUUCAGACGCCGUAUGCUGUCUCAUAUCCUGCAACGCCGUUGACAGCUCAUCCAUUAUCACCCUCUGUUGCCAUGGAGAUCACAUUCCCCAGCACUAUGACGGCGACACCUCCGCUGUCAGCCGGCCCUGUUGAAGGUCCUCAGAUGUUUGGUUUUUCGCCAAUCGAUGUCCAGACCCCGCUGACGGCUCUGGUAAUUGACCAGCCGGCGCCUCGCUCCCUCCGUAAACGAAGCGACCUUACUUUGACUAGUCUCAAGUUGCCUUAUAGCCACCCUCGAUCUCUCCACAGUAUCCUCCGCAACUCGCCGCUUCCACCUCCGAGUGCUCGGACACCUAUAUCCCCACGUCGUCAAUCCUUGCGCUUGCAAGAGAAGGCAGCUCGCCGAGUAGCCUACAACAGCCCGAUUGAACAGACUAUCAUAACCAACAAGUACACCAAGUCCCACAUCGACUUACUUAUCGAAGAUGCAUCGCCCUCAUCACCAGCAACGGCACAGGAGCAGCAAGACACCAUCCUGGAUCUCGCACUUGCUUUCGAAGGCAACGAAACGCGCGACGGCGGAAUGACACCUGGUCCGUUUGAGGAGAUGCGUCGGCGGAUGGCCGGCCUUGCAGCCAACUCACCUGUUGUGGCCAGCCCUACAGUAGCCAGUCCUUCGGGUGGCAUCAGAAAGCGAAAGCGCAAGGAGAAGAAGCGGCGUUGGGUCUGGACGAUCGGCAACCAAGAGGAGGAUCCAGAGCAUGUUGGUGGCGCCGUAGCGGCUUUGCGGGCGGCUGAGGCGGCAGAAAAGAAGACCGCCGAUGACAGGGAGCAGAAGGCUAUGCCUCCCGCCGUUGAAGUGCAACCGUGCAGUGAUCUCCCUACACCCAGUGUCGAGACAUUUGAAGAGGCUGCAGAUGUGGAGAUGUCAGACACGUGUAGCGUCUCAUGCGGCCAAGGGCCAGCAGCCGGGGAUACGGACAUGGACCUCACAACACCGACGGUAUGCAGGCGUCCCACGCCACGCAAUGAUCGACUUGGCUCGGCAGACCUUUUCAAUCCAGAAACGGGGAGCAGGAGGGACACUCCCAUUCCUCCCGAUUUAGUGGUUAGCUGCUGA